AUGACAAUAGACUUCGUUAGUGGGUUGCCCUUGACACCUACUAAAAAGGAUUUUGUUUGGGUUAUCUUGGAUCGAUUGACCAAGGAUCCUCGCUUCACUUCUCGGUUCUGGAAGAAACUUCACGAAGAUUUGGCUUUAAGAUUGGACUUCAGUACUGUGUUCCAUCCUCAGACCAAUGAUAAUGUUAGAUUGAUUCGAGAUCAUCUGAAGACUACUUCUAAUAGACAGAAGUCCUAUGCAGAUUUGAAAAGGAGGGAUAUUGAGUACUCUAUGGGUGAUUUCAUAUACCUUGAGGUAUCGCCGUGGAAGAAGGUUCUACGGUUCUAUCAUAAGGGCAAGUUAAACCCUAGGUGCAUUGGGACGUAUCGAAUUCUGAAGUUUGUGGGACCGGUUGCUUAUCAGUUAGAGUUACCUCUAGAGUUGGACUAUAUCCAUUAUGUGUUUAACGUCUCGAUGUUGAGGCGGUACUGGUCUGAUCCAUCUCAUGUUGUCUCUGUUGAGGAGAUCAAGUUUAGACCGGACCUGACUUUUAAGAAGGAGCUGGUUCAGAUUUUGGAUCGAGAUAUUAAGGUUAUGAUGAGGAAGUCCAUUCUAUUAGUUAAGGUUCUAUGGCAGAAUCAUGAUUCUGAGGAAGUCACGUGGGAACUUGAGGACUCGAUACGUUAG